AAAAAGAAACAAACAUCUGAUUACUGGACUAUGACCGAACCCAGCUGUCUGUGGAACCAGCACGUUGGUGGAUUUGACUAGACUUCCGGAACUUGAGGUUUUAGCACUUUUUUCAUGCCAUUGUUGAAGGCUGCGGACUGAAAACACCGUUUUGUGGACGCUUUUGAGACGCCCCGGUGAAUCGAAGCCAAAGAGGAUUUUGGAACUGAAAACAUGAAACCGUUUGUCAUAUGCGCAUUUCUGCUAUUAAAAGUUACUCUUGGAAAUGCCUGUGCCAGCGGUAAAUUCACUGAAUCAGGGGAUUGUUGCAGUCUGUGCCCUGCCGGCUUUGGAGUGAAGGUAGAAUGUGGGAAAGAGGAUACCAAAUGUGGACAAUGCCCAAAGGGCACAUUUUCCCCAUCUGAAGACCUUGGCCCUUGCCUUCCAUGUGACAGGUGUCCACCCAGUAUUCCCACAGCGAACUCUUGCUCCGCCACUCGGAACACACAAUGUGAAUGCGACAGCAACUUCUUCUUUCUGAGCUUGUACAGCUUGUGUGCACCUUGCUCCAGAUGCAGGCGUGGUCAGGGGGUUGUACGGGAAUGUGGCCUAGAGGGAGACACGGUGUGUGCCACCUGUGGCCCGGGAACCUUCUCAGAGGAGCAUCAUAACAUCAGUCCCUGCCAGCCCUGCACUCAGUGCUCUGAAAAUGAGGUGGAGAUCCGGUCCUGUAUGCCCACCUCUGACACACUCUGCAUGGAUAAGAAACUGCAUAUUCUUUCUCGUCCCGGCGUAGAGGAUGUAACGGAGGACGGGAAGACCAGUGCUGCUCCCGGAGCGACUGAUUUACCCACACAGGACAAGAGUGGCAAUAGCAACAUUCUUGCUUAUGUGUCUCUUCUGGCUGCUGUGGUGCUAGGCUUGUUCAUUUAUGUGGCUUAUAAAUGCUGGCGAUCAUGUAAACAGAAGAAGGCGCUCUCUAAGGCCCGGGCAGCAGAGUUGGGAACAUCUCCAGAAGGAGAGAAGCUUCAGAGUGACAGUGGUGUUUUUCUGGAUUCUUACACCCUACAGGACAACCAGCCCAGCAAAGGUAACAUGAGAGACAACAAGCAGGACAAUCGUCUUUACACGAACCUACCUCCACAGAGACAGGAAGAAGUGGAGCGCCUCCUGCAAGAGGGAAGUGGCCAGGGCUGGAGGCACCUUGGCGCGGCGCUGGGUUAUGAGCCUGAACAGCUGGACCUGUUCGGGCGGGGAGAGGCCCCGGCCCACACACUCCUCUCUAACUGGGCCCAGAAAGAAGGCUGCACUCUGGGAUCGCUGUGUUCUGCACUGGGCCGCAUUGAGAGGCCCGACAUAGUAACAGCUCUUAACUGCCCCGUGCAGGGUGCUUCUGUGGUCUGACAACUUCUCAAACCUAUGCAUGAAAUUCAGAGACUCAAGUGGAAAAACUUUGGCAUGAUGAGCGGUAUUCUGAUAUCACCACUCACUGAGUUUUUUUUUUUUUAAAUCACUGUUUUUGAUUGCUUUUUUUUUUUUUUUUACUUAAAACUACAAAAAAUCUUUAAAAAAAAAAAUCUGUUUUAAAACGUUACUCCAGGUUAUGUCACCAUUUGAUUGUACAUGGGUCUAACUGCACAACAGAUUCUGCUCAUGAGAUGACAGAGGAAGCUAGUGGUAUAAACUGUUGCAUAUCUCAUCAUUGCAACUGAUGCUACCAGUGAGAGAACAGCCUGAUCAUCUGGAAGGAUGUGCAAAGAUCCCCUCUCACACUACAAUAAGAGCAUUUACAGCGUUGUUUAUAUGCACACACUACUACUUCUUGUAAAUAUUUAGUUAGUGGCAGGAAGCAAAAUAACAUGUUUACAUGUUGCAUGAGUUUUAUUAUUCAGAAACAAUAGAAAUCAGACCCAUUACCAUGUAAAAAAAAAAAAAAAAAGAAGAAGAAGAAGAAGAAAUCCCAUCAUGUGCUUUUCGUGCUGUUCCAAACAAAUACACACAGGUUACAUCAUCAUGUUUUUAGUUCAACUAGCCUUUUUGUUAUGAAUUAACAACUGAAGAAACCACUUUGUUACAGCUGAUUUUUAGCAAAAGGACACAUUUUCUGCUGGCAAAACAAUGUCCAGUGUGAUGUGACUUUCCCUAAUGGGGCUCAUUUGUGUGCACGUGAAGGGGUUUAUUGGCCAUGUGAUCUGAUUUCUUCAGCAGCAAGUGAAGUUCAAAUCUCCAUAACUGUCUCCAUUAUUGCUUUCAGUUUAUAUUUUUAUAAGAAUAUUUUAUCUUGUAUGUAGAUAGGAGCUACUCACUAGAAUGUUUGUUAAAAGUUAUUGCCUGUUUAGUUGUUUUUUUCUCUCUUUUUUUUUCUGCUGCAGCCACAAAGUAGCUGUGGUCAUUUACACUGAGGAAAUAAGAAACACCAUCAGGUCUGAUCUGUUAAACAUAGAAACAACUUUCUUAGGGCUUUCUCAAAAUCACCAUUUGAUUGUAAAUGUUUUAAAUGUUAAGGGGCCGGAUAAGUCAUGGAUUAAAGUGGAAAAUUUUCAACUGUGAAGACUAAAGGAAAUAAAAUAUCCUAUUCUCCUUACAUUUCUGAUACACAGCUUGAAUUUUCCCCCUUUGCCACCUUGUUUUUGUAUUUAUUUUAUCACCACUUCAAGUCAAAAACUAAAUAAAAUUUAUGAGACGUUUGUA